AUGAUGCGUGAUUCCCAAAGUGCAACUUAUUAUUUUGGUUUAGAUGAAAUCAAGAUCUAUGAUCAACCUUGUGAUUCUAGCAUCACGACAACUACCACGGAAUCAACAACUACCGAAUCAACAACAACAACUACUGAAGCACUCACUACAGAGUCAACAACAACUACCACUGAGACACCGACUACGGAAUCAACAACAUCUACCACGGAAUCGCCAACUACCGAAUCAACAACAACAACUACUGAAACACCAACUACCGAGUCAACAACAACUACUACUGAAACACCAACCACCGAGUCAACAACAACUACCACUGAGACAUCGACUACUGAAUCAACAACAACUACUACUGAGACGCCAACUACCGAGUUAACAACCACUACCACUGAAACACCAACUACCGAAUCAACAACCACUACUACUGAAACACCAACUACCGAAUCAACAACAACAACAACUACUGAAACACCAACUACCGAGUCAACAACCACUACCACUGAGACGCCAACUACCGAGUCAACAACCACUACCACUGAAACACCAACUACCGAAUCAACAACAACUACCACUGAGACAUCGACUACUGAAUCAACAACAACUACCACUGAAACGCCAACUACCGAAUCAACAACAACAACUACUGAAACACCAACUACCGAAUCAACAACAACAACUACUGAAACACCAACUACCGAGUCAACAACCACUACCACUGAGACGCCAACUACCGAGUCAACAACCACUACCACUGAAACACCAACUACCGAAUCAACAACAACUAC